GCUGCUCUUUUUCUCGUCAAGCAGGGGGAGUAGUCACAGCUGGAAGGAUAAUAAGAUGCGCAUGAAUUUACAAUCUGGAAUAAAAGAUAAGAGAAAAUAAAUGGACGGCUCGAACAGUCUCGGUGCGCCUCUGUAAAAGUAAAGUUGGUAUUUAUUCUCUGUAGGCUACGACGCAGUGCUUUUGUGUGCGGACUUCCAGAAAGUGCAGAAUAAUAAACUUGAGGCUCCGCUUUCCUCAGUUGAUGGAGUUAAAAAGUUUCUUCAGUCCACUCACAAUGGAAAGGAAAGCGCCCUUCGCUGACUGUGAAGGUUUCCUGUGGUCAGAGUGGAUUACUGACUUCAGUAAGGAGAAGGAACACCACUCCAGGAUAUGAAGUUUGUGGCAGUGACUUUACUGCAGAAGCCUGUGGAUUGUUCAGAGACUUUCUCCAUAACCUGCCCACUUAAUUAAUGAGUGUGUGGUGUGUGAGAUCAGGUGGGCGGACAGGUUAUUACCCUCUCAAUUUCUGAAAAACAAUGUCACUUUGAUAAACAUACAGUGCUGAGUCACUACGACUGAUGAGGACCAAAGGUUCCCCCUACCAAGAGUUUAUCCCCACAGAUCCAGCUGUGCUUUUUUGUAUCACUCCUCUCUGAGUUCUCCACUAUUCAGCAUUUCACGUCGCCAUUGGAAGAAACCCAAUGUCUGCCUCCUCUCCCCCAUCCUUACCUCGAGCCUACCUCCACUCUCUCCAUCCGCACCACCCGUCCUCGUCGCCGAGCCCGCCUGGACCGCUCUACACGCGGCUGUCCAACGGCAGUCACAGCGCCCCCAGCCCCACCAACUCCCGCAGCUCUUUCCAUGGGGUGUCCUUCCUGCUGCAGAUCGGACUGACCAGAGAGACGGUGAACCUGGAGGCCAAUGACCUGUCGUUGUCGUCUGUAAAGGACCUGGUGUGCUCCAUUGUGGACCAGAAGUUCCCAGAGUGUGGCUUCUUUGGCAUGUACGACAAAAUCCUGCUGUUCCGCCACGACUUAAAUGACGAGAACAUCCUGCAGAGGCUGACCUCAGCGGAAGACAUCCAUGAAGGAGAUCUCAUUGAGGUGGUGCUGUCUGCUCAAGCAACAGUUGAAGACUUCCAGAUCCGACCCCAUGCCCUUUUUGUCCACUCCUACAAGGCCCCCACCUUCUGCGACUACUGUGGGGAGAUGCUAUGGGGUCUGGUCCGGCAGGGGCUCAAAUGUGAAGGAUGUGGGCUAAAUUACCACAAGCGCUGCGCCUUUAAGAUCCCAAAUAACUGCACUGGUGUCAGGAAGAGGCGACUGUCCAAUGUCUCACUGCCUGCACCAUCUCUCUCUGUCCCCCGACCGGUACCUGCUGAGAAUGCGGUGGUCGUCCUGGAUGAGCAGAGGACCCAUCAGGAAGCAGGGAAGCGGAUCCUGUCCUGGAGCGGCAGGCCGAUCUGGAUGGAGAAGAUGGUGCUGGGACGGGUUAAAGUGCCACACACCUUCGCCAUUCACACCUACACUCGGCCCACUAUCUGCCAGUACUGCAAGCGUCUGCUCAAGGGCCUCUUUCGCCAGGGCAUGCAGUGUAAAGAUUGCAGAUUCAACUGUCAUAAGCGGUGUGCUUCAAAGGUACCGAGAGACUGUUUAGGGGAGGUGGACUUCAAUGGAGAGCCAGCCAGCCCAGGCCCAGAUUCAGACACUACCAUGGACACUAUGGAGGUGGACAGUAGUGAUCUGGAUGGCGGCAGAGGACUGGACGACCCAGAGGAACCCUCCACACCAGAUGAGAGGAUGUUUGACAUGGAUUCACCCUUCUUGGAUAGAGAGAAGGACGAAGAGCCCAUCAAGACUAUUAGUCCUUCCACUAGCAGCAACAUACCUCUGAUGCGGGUGGUCCAGUCCAUCAAACACACCAAGAGGCGGAGCUCCACUGUAGUGAAGGAGGGCUGGAUGGUUCAUUAUACGAGCAGGGACAACCUGCGGAAGAGACAUUACUGGAGGCUGGACAGCAAGAGUCUGAGUCUCUUCCAGAACGACACCGGUGCCAAGUUCUACAAAGAAAUCCCUCUGUCCGAGAUCCUCCAGGUCGAACAGUCCAGAGACUACAGUAAUCUGGCCCAGGGCAGCAACCCUCACUGCUUUGAGAUCAUCACAGCGACAAUGGUCUACUAUGUAGGAGAGAACAACGGCAGUCACUACCACAGCCCCGCUCUGGCUGCCUCGGGAGUCGGCAUGGAGGUAGCCCAGGGCUGGGAGAAGGCCAUCAGACAGGCCCUGAUGCCCGUCACCCCCCAGCCCAGUGUGGCCAGUGCUGCUGGACAGGGCAAAGAUCACAAAGAGCUGUCCAUCAGCAUAUCUGUGUCCAACUGCCAGAUCCAGGAGAAUGUGGACAUUGCCUCGGUGUACCAAAUAUUUUCUGAUGAGGUGCUGGGGUCAGGCCAGUUUGGCAUUGUGUAUGGAGGCAAACACAGAAAGAGCGGCAGAGAUGUGGCCAUCAAAGUUAUUGACAAGAUGAGAUUUCCUACCAAGCAGGAGAGCCAACUGAGGAACGAGGUGGCCAUAUUACAGAAUCUGCACCACCCAGGUAUCGUCAACUUGGAGUGUAUGUUCGAGACGCCAGAGCGGGUCUUUGUUGUCAUGGAGAAGUUGCACGGUGACAUGCUGGAGAUGAUCCUGUCCAGCGAGAAGAGCAAACUGCCCGAACGAAUCACCAAGUUCCUCGUCACACAGAUCCUGGUGGCCUUGAGACAUCUGCACUUCAAAAACAUUGUUCACUGUGACUUGAAGCCUGAGAAUGUACUACUGGCCUCUGCAGAGCCCUUUCCUCAGGUGAAGCUGUGUGACUUUGGCUUUGCCCGUAUCAUAGGCGAGAAGUCUUUCCGGCGGUCUGUAGUGGGCACUCCAGCUUACCUGGCUCCAGAGGUGCUGCGCAGUAAAGGCUACAACCGUUCCUUAGACAUGUGGUCAGUGGGAGUCAUUGUGUACGUUAGCUUGAGCGGGACAUUCCCUUUUAACGAGGAUGAGGACAUUAAUGAUCAGAUUCAGAACGCCGCCUUCAUGUACCCACCUACGCCCUGGAAGGACAUCUCUACAGAGGCCACAGAUCUGAUCAACAAUCUUCUCCAAGUCAAGAUGAGGAAGAGGUACAGCGUGGACAAGUGUCUCAGCCAUCCCUGGUUACAGGACUAUCAGACAUGGUUGGACCUCAGGGAGUUUGAGACACGGCGAGGCGAGCGCUACAUCACCCAUGAGAGCGACGACGCACGUUGGGAGGAGUAUGCAGACGAGCACAGUCUCAUUUACCCCAAACACUUCAUCAUGGCUCCCAACCUGGACGACAUGGAAGAGGACCCCUAGUGGCACGGGGGACUUUCUACACCACGUGUUAAGGACAAAGAUUGUCACAGGGACUUUUUGUAUGAAGCUUGGGGAGCGGUGGAUUUUCCCUGCAGGACUGUUUGUUGUGGAAACAGAGAGAAGCCGAUCAGAUGGAGAAUUACUCUCCAGAGGCUUUAAAAGUGCGGAAAACCCCGGCAGAAAUCAUAGCAUGAUGCUCUGCUACAAGCAGCAGGCUGGCGAUAUGCGUGCCACAUGAACGCAUUAAAAAACUGUCAGGAGAGAAGAGUGUUCUCUCCUCCUUUUUGCACAAGGUCAAAACAUUCCAUGGAUUCACUCAAGAACAAUCACAAGUCAAAAUACUCAAGGUGAACUUAAAACUUUUGUUAAUGUACCUGUAGUUCUGAUUCAUUUUGAGCAAUAAUAUGGCUCUGUUCUGUAUGUGAGAGAGAUCGGAGAGAGAUCUCACCCCAGGAGCAAAGGGCACUUUUCACAAGGGAUUUACAGCCUGAAAAUCAAACACACUUGAGUUUGUUCUCAUUUCCAAACUGUUUGUGAGACUGUCCUUUGGCAUGAAACUGGAACUAUCACAUGUAUUUGUAUAUUUUUUUUUAAUGUAUUUAGUAAUUGUGGUAGGUUUUUGCACUAUAUUACCAUUGAACAUAGCAACUGAAUAGAAACACUAUUCGCUGCUACAGAGAGCAAACAGCUUUCGAGGGUCCGGUCUGGGUGCAGAGAGUUAAAGAGUGAUAGUCACACUAUCACACUAUUGGCUGCUGUGUCACAAAUCCCAGCAGGUAUUUUCAGCCAACACACCGUUAGAGUGUAUGAUCUGUUUAGUGGCAGCUUAUAGUGUGUACGUUUUAUCAACUGUCCCCUGGACAAAGUGACAAACAGACGCUGACCAAUCACGUCAACAAAAACUUAAUUUCAAUGUCUCCAAACUGUUUUUCGUAAUUAACAUUGUUAAUUUCUAAAGUGUUACAAGACCAUAACCCUGAACCUUCAGUAAAUGCAAUAAUGGAGCCAAUACCUCUGUUCAACAUGAGGUUAAAAUCAGCAAUGGACUCUAUGUUAGAGCAUCAUCUGUCUGUGUACUCUCUUCUGUACUUUUGCAGUAUUUUUGAAUGUGACUCCAAUUCUGAAAUAUGUGUUUUAGUUGCUCUGUAGGUGUCUGAAGUGUUGCAUCGCCACAUGCGGCCAACUUAGGUUUUCACAUAGAACAAAAUAUUGGUGUCCAUUAUCCUGUUUAUUAUGUUGUCAGGACCAUUUCGACAGCCCUUUUGUCUAGACAGUAGACAUAGUAGAAAUUAAGUAUAAUUACAGUUCGGUUCACAUGGGAGUUUAUAGUGCUACAGUUUUGUAGUUUGCUUUAUUGGUGUGUUUUGGGAGUACCUUCCUGUUUCCUGUUGUCCUUUCCCUGUCUUUGUUGCCGCUGGAUUGGCAGGUGUCAGUGUUUUGUAUAUUUCAGUUCAUACCAAUGGAAUAAAAACCCAUCUUCU